UUAUAAAUUGUACUCAGCGUCUCGCUAUUUAUAUUUCUACACAGCUUUAUUGUUAAAGAUAACUGGAAAUAAUAUAAAUAUUGAAUAAGUGUAAAAUGUGUGUAGGCUAACAAGAUACAAAGAACCAUUUGCACAAAGCGUGUAAAGCGACAUGGAACUUCUCAGUGACGAAGAUAUAAAAUCAAUUUUGGAACAAUGUGGGACACCAAAAAUAAAUCUUUUAAAUUGGUAUAUCAGGGAAUAUUCGAAUAGUCUUGUAGGCUAUUUGGGAGAACAUUUAAGUUUGGUUGUCGACACUGAAUCAGGAAGUAGAAAAUUUUUCAUAAAAUGUGUGCCACGAUUUGACAAAUGGAAAGCAAAUUAUUUACGAAAGACAUCCUUCUUUAACAAGGAGUAUAUCAUGUUGAGUAAAUUAUUCAAAAAAUUUCGUGAUAACAAAGGAUUAAGGACUUGGCGUCCCCAAUUAUUACUUGUUAAAGAAGAUUUGUUUGUAUUUGAAGAUGUUACACAAACGGGUUACACAAUGCCCAGUAAUCUCAAAACGUUAUCGUACGAUGAAACUAUGGCAACAGUAGCUGCUUUGGCAAGAUUUCACGCACAAUCAUUCGUUUACGAAGAAGAACAGAGCAAAUUAUUGAAUAGACCUUACAGAUUGUGGGAGAACUACGCUCAUUGUCUAUCUGAGCCCACGAAUGGUAUGGCUUGGCGUGAUACGGGAAUGCGAGCAGCCAUUGACUUUCUAAAAGUUUAUUCAGGAUUCCGUUCAAAACACAAUUUUGUAAAAUUAAUAGAAGAAAACAUUCCUGACCUGUUCAGUCGUGCUUGUGAUCUUAUGGAACCUAGUACGAAAUACAGAAAUGCGGUAGUGCAUCGCGAUGUCUGGUCGAAUAAUAUUUUUCUCAAAAAAUUAGAAAAUAACAAGGGGCAUGCGCUUCUAGUCGACUAUCAAACAGUGUUGUACUGUGCGCCUGCGCUUGACUUAUCCUCCAUGCUAUAUAUUAAUACUACAAAAGAUUUUAGGCUUAAAAAUACAAAUAGAAUGAUUGAUUACUAUUAUGGAGUGCUAAGCGAUGAAUUGGAAUUAGAAGAUAUAGAUAUAAAAUCAAUUAUUAAGAAAUCCGACUUUGUAGAAUCAUACACGGAGAGCCUUAUAUUUGGGAUGACUCAAGCUGCCUUGAUAGUUCCUAUAAUAGCUAUGACUGCUGAUAAAAGACAAGAACUUUUUCAAAAUCCUGAAAACUGUGCCAAAGUUAACGAAGUUUCCCGAAGUCAGGAAUUCAUAGACAUUGCUAAAGAAAAUGAAAAAUAUAGGAAUCGAGUAAUUGAACUCUUAGAUGAUUUAGUAGAAACAUUUUGUAUCCAGCAAUGAACGAAUUUCAUUUUAAGCCAACGAAUUUCAGAACAUCCAACUAUUCUAAUACUAUUUAUUCAAGUUGACUUUAUCAUAAUUUAUCUUAUCACGUAAGUAAAAUAUUAACAGUCUGAUUAUAAAUCAUUUCCAAAUAA